UCCAAUGUCUUUUCCAUGUUUGAUCAGACUCAGAUCCAGGAAUUCAAGGAGGCGUUCACUAUAAUGGACCAGAACAGAGAUGGAUUUAUCAACAAGGAAGAUCUGAGAGGAACCUUCGCAGCGCUGGGUCGGAUAAAUGUGAACAGCGAGGAGCUGGAUGAGAUGUUGAACCAAGCUCCUGGACCAAUAAACUUCACCGUCUUUCUCACAAUGUUUGGGGAGAAGCUAAAAGGUGCUGACCCAGAAGAAACCAUUCUCAGUGCUUUUAAGAUUUUUGACCCAGAAGCCAAGGGACAUAUCAAAGCUGACGACUUCAAACAUAUGCUGAAGACCCAAGCAGACCGAUUUAAUGAAGAGGAGUGUGAGCAGAUGUUUGUUGCAUUCCCUCCUGAUGUUUCAGGCAACCUUGACUACAAGAACCUCUGCUACGUCAUCACUCAUGGUGAAGAGAAGGAUUAG